AUGUGGCAGUUCAUAAGGUCACGAAUACUGACGGCGCUUAUCUUCAUUGGGGCUGCUCAUGGAAUACUGGUUGUGGGCCCCAAAUUCAUUCGGGCCAACCAGGAUUAUACGGUGGUGAUCAGUAACUUUCGAUCAAAUAUGAGCCAAGUGAACCUUUUGUUACGUAUGGAAGGCAACACAUACGAUGGUAGAAACGUUCUUGACCUAUCGAGGAAUGUGAUCGUGCCGAGAAAUAUUAAUAAAAAACUACUUUUCAAAAUGCCAGCGAACUUAUCAGCAGGUACUUACAAACUUACCAUCGACGGUCAGCAUGGCUUUGGCUAUCACAAGGAAGUCGCAUUGGUAUACCUUGGUAAAUCCAUCUCGGGUUUAAUACAGAUCGAUAAGCCCAUAUACAAACCGGGUGAUACGGUAAAAUUUCGUGUGAUUGUGCUGGACUCUGAGCUGAAGCCACCUGCACGGGGAAAAUCAAUAAGCGUUACAAUCCGUGCUCCGAACGAUAUUGUGAGGCGGCAUUGGUCCUCAGUGGAACUGUUCGUCGGAGUGUUCGAGAGUGAUCUACAACUUGAGAGAAGUGCUAUGUUGGGAAUGUGGAAAAUCUCGGUACUGGUGGACGGAGAAGAGCUCGUAUCAAAGACGUUCGAAACGAUGGAGUAUGUGUUGUCUACAUUUGAUUUGCAAGUGAUACCGUCCGUAAUUCCGUUGAUGGAACACCAGGGAUUGAAUCUGACAAUUGCUGCCAACUACCAUUUUCGCAAACCGGUAAAGGGAUUAGCCAAGGUGGAGCUGUAUUUGGAGGACGGUUUUCUGGACCAGCAGAAGGAGUUUGAAGUGUACGGUAUCAGGCAGAUGGAGUUGAGAUUCAAUGGACGAAUUGAUGAACUUGAAGAUCGGCAAGAUGUGUUUGUAAAGACGACCUUCAUCGAACAGCAUACAAAUCGCACCGUGGUGAAAAAAUCUCAUAUUACUGUGCACAAGAACAAGUUGCGCGUGGAUUUGAUAAAAGAUACUCCUUACUUUCGUCCGGGAUUUACCUUUAAUUGUGCGCUUCAGUUUCGAUACCACGAUGAAACACCUGCUAAAGGUAUCACCGGUACAGUGAACAUAAAAGACAUCCAAUAUAUGAAAACUGUCACUAGUGACGAUGCCGGUUUGAUCAAGCUGGAGUUAAAUCCAAGGAACAACACACAAGUGAUGGUUGUUACCUUUAUUAACGAUGAAGGAUUCCAGUUUGACGAACAAGUGGACAAAAUAGGUGUUGUGUCGAAGGCGUACAUCAAUCUAGAACUAUUAUUACCCGUUAAAUUGAAUCGUAUGAUACAUUUUGAGGUAACGUGCAGUGAACCAAUGACGUUUUUCGUGUACUACGUAGUGAAGAAGGGCAACAUUAUUGAUUCCGGUUUUAUAAAUACGAACGAACAGAAUCAAUAUCUCCUCCGGUUCACUGCCUUGAAGAAUAUGAUUCCGCAGUCCAAAAUAAUAGUGGCGACUGUCAAUAAUAAUAUGACGUUGUUCGACUUUCGCGACAUCGAUUUCGAAGAGUCCCGUAACAAAAUCCUAUUAGACCUAAAUAAGCAGGAAGCAAAACCGGGACAGCAAAUCGAGCUUAGCUUAUCCGGACGACAAGGUGCCUACGUGGGAUUGGCUGCAUACAACAAAGGUUUGAUGUUCGACAACAUGCACCAAGAUUUGUUCUGGAAGGACAUUAUGCGAGUAUAUAAAGGAAUAGAUCCAAAAAUGGAGAAUGAGUAUGACAUGUUUCAUAGUAUUGGACUGUUCGUAAAGACAUUGGAUGGCAUUAACUCCAGUGAAGCACACGACAUGUUAGCACGUGAAGGGCAACAGACGAACAAUGCGAUCUACAAAACAGUAUCGUACCGAAUCGACUUUCCAGAAUCGUGGCUGUGGCAGGAUGUGACAUUAGGAAACGAUGGUAAGCACAAGAUGAUCGAGACCGUGCCAGAUUCGAUCACCUCCUGGUACUUGACGGCAUUCUCCAUUGAUCCGGAGUAUGGAUUGGGCAUCAUUAAAAAACCCAUCCAGUUCACAACGAUUCAGCCAUUCUACAUCGGGGAGAGUCUACCGUACUCCAUCAAACGAGGCGAAGCGGUCGUGUUGCAGUUUACAUUGUUUAACAAUCUUGGAGGAGAGUACAUCGCGGACGUAACGCUGUACAAUGUGGCCAAUCAAACGGAAUUCAUUGGACGACCUGCGGAAGAUAUAAGUUAUACCAAAACCAUAAGCGUUCCUCCGAAGGUUGGUGUACCCGUUUCCUUUCUGGUAAAGGCACGCAAGCUUGGAGAGAUGGCAGUUCGCGUGAAGGCCUCCAUUAUGGUUGGGUAUGAAACGGACGCACUGGAGAAGGUGAUCCGAGUAAUGCCAGAAAGUUUGGUACAGCUAAAGAUGGAAUCCCGGUUCUUCUGCUUUGAUACAUACACCAAUCAAACCUUCUUGAUGAAUUUAGACUACAACAAGAAGGCAGACAAUGGUUCUAGAAAGAUCGAGUUCCGACUGAAUUCCAAUCUGCUUACCACUGUAAUCGAUAACUUGGAUAAUCUACUUGCCGUGCCCUCUGGUUGUGGUGAGCAAAAUAUGGUAAAGUUUGUACCGAACAUCGUUGUGCUCGACUUCUUACAUGCCAUUGGUUCGAAGGAAAAGAGCUUGCUCGAUAAAGCUACGAAUCUGCUGCGCCAAGGCUAUCAAAAUCAGAUGCGCUAUCGUCAGGCAGAUGGUUCGUUUGCUGUGUGGCAAAAUGCAACUGGCAGCGUGUUUCUUACCGCCUUCGUUGCAAAGUCAAUGCAAACGGCGUCUAAGUACAUCAGCGAGGUGGAUACGGCGAUGGUCGAGAAGGCGUACGAUUGGCUUGCUUUCAAACAACACAGAUCGGGAAGGUUUGAUGAGGUCGGAUCCGUAAUUCACAAAGAUAUGCAAGGUGGGUUGCGUAACGGCAUUACACUGACAUCUUACGUGCUGACAGCGCUCCUAGAAAACGAGAACGCCAAGGUGAAGCACGCGGUUGUGAUUCAAAAUGCCAUGAGCUAUUUGAGCCGCCACGUGGAAUAUACCGAAAACUCUUACGAUCUGUCCAUAGCGACCUAUGCGCUGAUGUUGAAUGGGCACGGCAUGAAAGAUAACGCAUUCAAAAAGCUCUUAGGCAAGUCUAAUCUCGCAAAUAACGGCACGGAACGGUAUUGGGCCACGGCAAAUAGCAUCGAGACGACCGCUUAUGCUUUGCUGUCGUUUGUCUUAGCGGAGAAGUAUAAAGACGGUAUACCGGUGAUGCGUUGGUUGGUGAACCAACGCUAUGUUACCGGAAGCUUCCCGCGCACUCAAGACAGCUUUGUGGGACUGAAGGCACUGACAAAGUUGGCGGAAAAAAUAUCUCCCCAUCGAAACGAUUACGUCGUACAGUUGAAAUAUAAGAAUACUACUCAAACUUUCCACAUAAACUCGCAAGAUAUCGACAUUACCAACUUCCAGGAUAUACCGGAGGACACAAAGUGGAUGGAGAUCACCGUUGGAGGUAUCGGGUUCGGAUUGCUUGAGGUGAUUUAUCAGUACAGUUUAAAUCUUGUGAAUUUUGAGAACCGAUUCAAGCUGAUUCUUGAGAAACAGAACACGGGCUCUGAUUAUGAACUGCGGCUGAAGGUGUGCGCAUACUUCAUAUCGAAAGUGUCCGAUGAACGUUCGAAUAUGGCACUGAUUGAGGUGAACUUCCCCAGCGGUUACGUUGUUGAUCGGAAUCCGAUCAGCGAACAGACUACCGCGAAUCCGAUACAGAACACCGAGAUCAGAUACGGCGGCACAUCUGUUGUUGUUUACUACAACAACAUGGGCAUCGAAUUGCACUGCUUCACCGUGACAGCUUACAGACGGUUCAAGGUGGCUCCGAACAGUCUAGUGUACGUGGUCGCUUACGAUUAUUACAAUCCAAAUUACAAUGCCAUUAAAAUGUAUGAAGUAGAUGAGCAACCUGUGAAUGAGGUAUGA